AUGCCGCACACCUACAUCGUCGGCUACUGGGGCUGCGUCUUCCUCGACGGGAAGGAGCGCCGCACUCGAUGGCGUGCGGACACUGUCCCUGUUGGUGCACGUGUGGGGGCCCUGGUCUCAGGCGAUGGCUCUGGUGACCUACGCAUCUUCGUCGACGGCACCCUGGUGGUCCACGCGGAGGGUGCUCUCCAGGAGCACCUGUGCGGCCCCGGCCCCGUGGAGCUCUUCCCCGUCGUGGACGUCUUCGCGGCGACGCUCUCCGUGCAGCUGCAAGCCCUGGCGGCCGCUCCGGCGCCGCCCUGGGGUGAUGACGUCUCGCCCCCGGGCUCGCCGACCGGCUCCCUGGUCUCGAUGUCCCCCAGCACGCGGGGCUAG